AUUUUCUGUAUGUGUAGAUUAGUCCAAAGUCAAAUAACGGGUGACGUAGACAGCAGAGUUCAUUAGGUGGAGUUUUAAACGACGUGGUUGCUGUUGACUUAUGAUCGCCAGCGCUCCACAUGUGACCGUCUCAUCUGUUAUUCAGAUAUACUGGCUUCAGGACUACAUUUACCUAUCUAUUAUUUCCCUUCUUUUUGGAAUGGUGGCGUGAAUUGCAAAAACUGUGACUGCUAUUUCUAGCAAGUUGAGUGACCGCAUAAAGCCUCCCACCUCUUUGGAUCAUUAGGAAUUCGUGACGUGGUAUAUUGUUAGGUGUUAAGAUAAGGUGGAAGUUUCUUUCAUUUUAAAGUAAAGGAUAUUUUUUAAUGAGUAAUUUGCUGUUUUCUUCUGACUAAAAUGAGUUCCAGUUCGGUGAGCAGUUCUGUGAAAAUUUACACCAAAACUGGAGACAAAGGCAAGUCCUCAACAUUUACAGGAGAAAGGAGAUUCAAGGAUGACCUGAUAUUUGAUGCUCUUGGUUCAACAGAUGAACUCUCAUCUGCUCUUGGGUUUGCAGCUGAACUAUGUAAAGAGAAAGGUCAUACAAUGGAUAACAGACUUCAAACUAUCCAGUGUGUGUUGCAGGAUGUUGGAUCCAAUAUUGCAACACCUAAAUCUUCAGCAUCAGAGACCCAGUUGAAAAGAACCGGUUUCAACGACCAACAUGUGAAAGAUCUUGAAACGUGGAUUGACGAAUAUACUGCUGAGUUACCUCCCCUCAAGAAUUUCAUUCUCCCGUCUGGUGGGAAAACAGCUGCCUCUCUCCACAUGGCCAGAUCCAUUUGUCGAAGAGCUGAGCGAACUGUUGCACCACUUGUAAGGCACAAUGAGAUGGACCCUUCUGCUCUUCAGUAUUUAAACAGACUCAGCGAUUUCCUGUUCACCGUAGCCAGGUACACCUGUAUGAAGGAAGGAGGAGAAGAGACCAUUUACAAAAGGCCUGUUUCGUGACACUUACACCACACUGCGUUGCACUUGAAUGGUGCAGUGCAUUGUUUCAAGGCAGCUGCACCAUGUGCUCCUACAAAAUUAUUUCUUCUGGUGCAUCACAGAGUUUAUCUAUUUUAUUUUUCUCUUCAUCUGUUUGGUAGUGCUGUACAUAUUCUUGACAACUAUGUCAGAUAUUACAUUUGUUUCAAAGGUUGACCCUCUCUCCAUGACCAUCACUUUAAGUCAAUUUAUGAAUUAAUAUAGAAAAAAAAAGCAAUAAAAAGACAACCCACUAACUUUUCUGCAAUCAUUUACCAUCAUUUUGAAGCAAUAUAUGAAUAAAA